AUGUUCCCUGCCAGGCAUCCUUCUGUGAUCUCGGUCCGUGGGACGGAUACUAAUGGCUUCUUUAAAGAAUUCAACCCUCCUAAGGGCCAGAAUGAAGAGGUGGUUCUUGGCACUCUGGGCCUAGAUGUACCAUCUGCGUGGUGCAACUGUGAUGAAGAGGUUUAUAUGUCCGGUACAUCUCCAGCUACUGCCAUCGCUGCCGGCAUAGCAGGAGUUUUACUGGGAUACAUGGGCUCUAAACCGACCGACGAGACAUUCCGAACUAUCAAAAAUCGGGCGUGGAAGCGCCAAGGAAUGUAG